CCAAUAAGUAGCCUUUCCGCGGUAUCUGUAGGGGGGUCCAUACGGCGUUGUUCUGGAUUCCCGUCGUAACUUAAAGGGAAACUUUCACAAUGUCCGGAGCCCUUGAUGUCCUGCAAAUGAAGGAAGAGGAUGUCCUUAAGUUCCUUGCAGCAGGAACCCACUUAGGUGGCACCAAUCUUGACUUCCAGAUGGAACAGUACAUCUAUAAAAGGAAAAGUGAUGGCAUCUAUAUCAUAAAUCUGAAGAGGACCUGGGAGAAGCUUCUGCUGGCAGCUCGUGCUAUUGUUGCCAUUGAAAACCCUGCUGAUGUCAGUGUUAUAUCCUCCAGGAAUACUGGCCAGAGGGCUGUGCUGAAGUUUGCUGCUGCCACUGGAGCCACUCCAAUUGCUGGCCGCUUCACUCCUGGAACCUUCACUAACCAGAUCCAGGCAGCCUUCCGGGAGCCACGGCUUCUUGUGGUUACUGACCCCAGGGCUGACCACCAGCCUCUCACGGAGGCAUCUUAUGUUAACCUACCUACCAUCGCGCUGUGUAACACAGAUUCUCCUCUGCGCUAUGUGGACAUUGCCAUCCCAUGCAACAACAAGGGAGCUCACUCAGUGGGUUUGAUGUGGUGGAUGCUGGCUCGGGAAGUUCUGCGCAUGCGUGGCACCAUUUCCCGUGAACACCCAUGGGAGGUCAUGCCUGAUCUCUACUUCUACAGAGAUCCUGAAGAGAUUGAAAAAGAAGAGCAGGCUGCUGCUGAAAAGGCAAUGACCAAGGAGGAAUUUCAGGGAGAAUGGACUGCUCCAGCUCCUGAGUUCACUGCUACUCAGCCUGAGGUUGCAGACUGGUCUGAAGGUGUACAGGUGCCCUCUGUGCCUAUUCAGCAGUUCCCUACUGAAGACUGGAGUGCUCAGCCUGCCACGGAAGACUGGUCUGCAGCUCCCACUGCUCAGGCCACUGAAUGGGUAGGAGCAACCACUGACUGGUCUUAAGCUGUUCUUGCACAGGCUCUUAAGCAACAUGGAAAAAUGGUCGAUGGAAAAUAAACAUGAGUUUCUAAAAAAAAAAAAAAAAAACCAAUAAGUAU